AUGGCAGCGCCGAAAGCAGCCGUUUCCAGAUUGCGGGGGAUAAGGACGUCCAAAAGGGCUGACAAAUCACUUCCAGCGUCCACUCGGAACUUUAUGGAAAGACUGCCAUCUGAGAUCCUGAUUAAGAUUCUGUCAUACCUGGAUGCCUCCGCACUUUUCAGCAUCAGCCACGUCAAUAAACUUUUCCAUCAGCUUGCCAACGAUAACGCUCUGUGGAAGAAGAUAUACAUAGCGGAGCUUGGCAAGAAGAAAAAGCGGGAACCCAAGUGCAUUGACGAGCUGCUGCUGAGGAUGGAGGAUGGAGCUGCAGGCUACUGGAAAUGGCUGUACUUCAAGACUGUAGCCGCACGUGACAUGAACAAGUGGAAAAGACAUCUUGGACACAUCAGCCGUUACACUGGGUUACCCAGCCAAACAGAACAGGUCCUCAGAAACUUGGACAUCACCUGGGAACUGACGGUCACUGAUAAGUCAGGGCAUGAGAGCACUUUGGAGCUGAGCCGGUCCCAGUUCUUCGAGACUUCUGUGACACUGUGCUGGAGCGCGGGAUGCUACUUGCCCAGCUACCAGCAGAUUUCCACCCUUCAACUUCACGGCGUCAGGAGGAUAGCCCUCAACUGCCCCGGCCUAAAGAAACCUGGCUGGAGGUCCCUCAUGGCAAAGUUAGACAUGCAGGCUCUAACUAAAAGCGCGCAGGUCAUUGGCCAGGACAGACUGGUGCAGCUGCAGUUGCUACAGCCUGGCAUCAUCAUCGGUGUCUGGAGGGACCAGAGCUCCGUUGCCUUCAUCAUGUUCACCCUCCACUUCCACAAGCUGGUGGAAAGAAGCACUCAGGGAUCAUCUGUUUGUCCCUUUGUGGAGCCAGUGGUCAAGCCUCCUUUCGAUGACAUAGACCCUGAAUGCGGUCUCCAUGGAUACCAACUACACAUUGUUCUCCACAACACCGUAUGCAAGCUCAUGUCCGGAAGCUUCUCCCAGCUCUUCUGCCGAAGAACUCAGAUCUCAGAUGGACUGAUCCAGCUUACUGCCAUCAGCAGUACAAACUUGUCGCAGCACACUCGUCUGUCUUGCAGCACCACCCUGUGCUGGCAGUGUGAGGCCCUGCAGGGAGCAGUGGAGAAUUGCUGCAUCAUGAGUCUAACCCUGCUGGAUGAAUUCAAGAAACCCUUCACCUGUGUCACUUCUCCCGUGGCCAUGACGCUGGAAAAGACGCCCGUUUCUUAUGACUAUGACGGUGAGCACUACCUGAUCCACCACCAGGACUCAGACAGUCAGGUGAAGAUGGAGCUCGUACGGUUAAAGGACCAGCAGCACUUUGUCCUCGUCAGUUUAGUCGUCUAUUUGAGCGUUUACAGUGUCAACAAGCAUUUUGGCAGAGAUUACUGA